UCGGGGAGCGUUCCCGUGGCAACUUUGCGUUGGAUGCUGAGAGAGAUGAAGUUCUGCAUGCGGAUAGUAGCGCGUCGAAUCAGCAGCAGGAGGUGGAUGAAGAGGAGGCUGAGGAAAGUCGCAAGAGAGACGAUGUGAGCGAUCAUGAGGAAGCUGAGAGAGAUGACGAAGCUAUCAACGACGGGGAUGUCGCACACUCCGCCGCAUGGUCCGCGCAUCGCCACGACAACCACGACCAUAAGAGAGAAGUUCUAGAGGAUGAAGCAGCCACUUCCCGUGUUGGCAUCGACGACGAGAUUGAGCGGCAGCGUGAUGCGGCGGAGGAACACGACGACGGUGUUUUCACACGUGCUCAGCAACAUCAUGCAAGAGAUGAUGAUGAUGAUGAUGAUGAUGAUGAUGAUGAUGAUACUGCUGAGAGGGAGAGUGAAGCAGCUGUGAUAGCAACGGAACACCGGACAGUAGGAGAGGAUGACGAUGCAAGCCAGAGAGAAACAUUUGUGAUACAUACCGAGCACGAGGUAAGAGAAGUAAGCGAUACACCGACAGAGGAGAAUGAAGCAGAUGCGAUAGGAUGGGAAGAAAGAGGCGUCGAUGCAGGCAAGAGAGAAGGAAGCUGCGAUAGGAUGGGAAGAAAGAGGCGUCGAUGCAGGCAAGAGAGAAGGAGCUGCGAUAGGAUGGGAAGAAAGAGGCGUCGAUGAAGGCAAGAGAGAAGGAGCUGUGAUACAAAGCACACAGGAGAAGGAAGAAGAGCAGAAGAAAGA